AUGUCAUUUACAACUAUAGCACGUGGAAUAGUAUGUGGCAUGAAUCUGCUGAUGCUGCUUGUCGCAGCAGCAGUGAUUGGAUUGGCAUGUUGGAUACGUUGGGAUGAUGGAUUUGAGUACAGCCUUCGUCAUGCUAUCAAAGUUGAAAACAAUGGAGAACCGUUAAGAGACAUAAAGGAUGAUAUGCGAACAUGGAUCACUGUGUCAUAUUGGGUGAUUAUGGGAUUUGCUAUUGCUUGUGUCAUCAUUGGAUUCGUGGGAUUUUUGGCUUCUUGCCUAAAAUCAAGAUGUUUCCUUAUUUUAUACUUCAUCGCCAUGGUUAUUGUCAUCAUACUAGAGAUCGCUGUUGGAAUUCGCGUCAUAGUUGCUGGAUCAGACAUUCAUGACAAAGUCAAUUCAUAUGUUUAUUAUUCUUAUUACUUACAAAGUCAACAAGAUAUUCAAGCCAUCACUGGAAGAUACGAUUGUUGUGGAGUGGCGGGACAGGCGACCUUCGGAUGUUCUGCCGGACAGAAAACAUGUACAGCAGCAGUAUGGGAUCGUCUGAAUGAAACGCUCAUCAUAUUCGGCUCAUCAAUGAUAGCUGUGAUUGUACUACAGAUAGUUGUCAGCGUGCUGACCAUUCCCAUAUUUGCUCAUCGUAAGCGUGAAGAAUCAACGUAUUGA